CCCUGGGUCUCUCCGUAAGAACCUCCCUCCUCUCCCUCCCUCACUUCUCAGUGUUCUCCAGACGAGCACACAGCUCCAACUUCACAGUGAGAGCAGAGCAGGUUUCUACAGGACCUAAAGACUCACACGCCCCUCACUGAAUUACUGGAGAUCAGAUCAGGCGACUCUCCUUAUCUGUCCGGCCAAAGAAGACGCAUCAAGACAGAGCCAUGAGGUGAUCACUCUGUCUCGCCGAGUUGUUCUUCACCUGCAGUCAUGAGAUUUUGUGAGAGUGUGAGGGGUCAGAGGGGUCAGAGGGGGCAGGGCGGCGCGGGGGCGUUCAGGGCCGCGGUGGCGGUGCUGCUGCUCAGCCUAGCCCAGUCGGCCCCCCCACAGACUGCCUGUCCUGCAGCUGUGGCCCCGAAGAGCCUCACCCAGCCCCAGUACCAGCACACGGCAGAGGAGGACACCAGUGUGGGCUUCAUGGCCGCUCUGGUCCAGUCCUUCCUACACACAGUCCAGCCUUACCCCUUUCCUCAAGAUCUAAUCCUGAAAAUAGUCAAGGGUUUUGAAAUGCAGCUAAAUCAAGAAAUCGUCAAAGAAGUCCUGGUGUAUGAAGUGGGGUUCCUGGUGUGUGCAGCCAUUGGCGUCCUGUACAUCGUUUUGAUGCCUAUAGUCGGUUUCUUGUUGGCAUGCUGUCGCUGCUGUGGCAACUGUGGUGGGAAGAAGUACCAGAAACAGACAUCCUCCACUCACUGUCGCAGAAGAACUCUCUACUGGACUGCAUUCGUCACCACAGUCAUUCUCCUGGCUGGGAACAUAUGCAUGUUCAAAAGUAACGAAGCCAUCAAAGUGAGUGUGGACCAGAGCCAACUGGAGCUUAACAAAUCUAUAAACAACAUUCACUCCUUCCUCACUGCGGUGCCUCAGCAACUUGACUAUGUGGUGAAUGUGAGCUACGUCACCAUACAGAAUGUGUCCAGCAAUCUGGACGAUAUUGGACCUCAGUUGGGAAGAGAGAUCAAGGCGCAAAUCAGAGGAACCGUGGACCGAGCGCGGCACUCGGUGAGACUGCUGGACCAAGAGACUGUAAAGACCAACCUCCAACUGGAGCGUCUGAACUCAUCUUUGGCCCAGCUGCAGUCCAGCAUGGACCACCUCCAGGCCAACCUCACCGCGAUUCAAAAUCAAAUCAAUACCACUCUAUCCAACCGAAACUGUCGUGACUGUAACGACCUGAAGCCUUUGCUGCAGACCCUAACGGUGGACACCUCCAUAACUAUUCCCAACUUGAACGAGUUCCAGUCUGCACUGGAUGAAGUCAACAGAGCUGAUCUCAAAUCCCAAAUCAAGGUGGAGGGCUAUUUAAACAGCAUCCCCCAGAGCGUGACCAAUGCCACCAAGGAUGUAGUUCAAAGUAGCAAGCAGCUGUUAGGUAACAUAAAAACACAGAUCUCUCAGGUCACCAACGAAAUCCCUUUAUCUGUUCUGACCAACGUGUCAGAGACGCUGAACCUGCUGCAGAGAGAAAUAAGCAAAGUGACACCAGAGAUCAAGAGAGCCGAGCAUAUUAGAUGGGGAGUGUGUGUGGCCCUGUGCUGCGUGGUCCUCCUGGUGGUGGUGUGUAACUUCCUGGGUCUGAUCUUGGGCCCUCUGGGUCUGACAGCCAAAGCAGACCCCACGAAGCGCUCCUGCACAGCGGAUUGCGGAGGCACCUUCCUCAUGAUGGGUGCAGGUUUCAGCUUCCUCUUCUCAUGGCUGUUCAUGAUAGCUGUGCUGCUGCUGUUCCUGCUGGGCGGGAACGUUUACACUCUGCUCUGUACGCCCUGGCGCAACGGACAACUGUUAAAGCUCAUUGACACUCCAGGUGUAUUUCCAGGGUUGGAUAUAGGUCCAGCUUUGGGAUUGAAAACCAACAUCACUAUCUCUGAUAUCUAUAGAGACUGUGAGAAGAACCAGCCCGUGUGGACAACGCUCCACCUGUACGAGCUCGUAAACCUUGAAUCCCUGCUAAAUGUUACUAAAUACACGGAGCAGAUCCAGCAGCAGUUUGACAAAGCGGACAUCACUCUGCCCAGCAUCACUCUCCUGAGCCCUGAAGUUCAAAACCAGCUCAGACGCUUCUCCAACAAGGCGGCAGAUAUUGACACCACCUCUGUCACGCAGCAGAUGAAAAACAUUUCCAGCAUCAAUCUGACUCCAACUGCAGAUAAACUUGAUGACCUAGCUGCCGUCCAACUAAACAAUGAUAUUCGAGAAGAGCUCCAAAAUGAGACCAGGGCCCUGAGGCAAAUCCAGACCGAUAUAGAAACGAUCAUCAUCCCACAAAUUGAAAACCUGAACUCAACCAUCAGGAGCCUUGAAUCCACAACGGAACAAAUCAACGGAACAGUGGAGGAGGUGCUGAGCAACGUGGGAGCAGCACAAGACUUCCUCAACAUAAAUACGACACAGAUUGUCAAGACCGAGAGCAAAACUUUUUUGGACUGUCAGCUGAGUUACUUCGUUAAUUAUGCUGACUGGGCAAAUAUUACGAUCACACAGCAGGUGGGCCGCUGUGGGCCGGUGGCGGGAGCUGUGGACUCUGCUGAGGUCAUCCUCUGCUCUUACAUCGUGGAGUCUCUGAAUGCAUUCUGGUUCAGUCUGGGCUGGUGUUUGAUCUUCUUCAUCCCCAGCAUCAUCUUUUCCAUCAAACUAGCAAAGUACUACAUGAGAAUGAAGUUUUCUGAUGUCUAUGAUAACGGAUUAAUUAUGCGAAACAUCCCACGGGCCCAGAUGAAAAUCCCCUGAGCGGACGGCAUAUGUUGGUUACAGCUUUAAAUGACUGUGGCAUCACUUGACCAGAUAGACACACAUGGUGCACUCAUGCACAGAUGUGGCCCGUUGUCACUCUGGUGAAGUCUGAAGAAAGAAAAGAAAAGUGGAAAAGGAAAGGUGAAAUGGUGAGGUUACUUAUUCACAUUUUUACCAGAUGCAAAGCAACUGUAGUAGUGGAACCUCACAGCGUCGAGCCUCACACACAGCAUCUUUGAUUUGACCUCAGUGUGAAACAAGACACAAGGGAAUUGGCAGGGAAUUUUUCACAAUUUAAAACAAACAUCUCAAAGUGACUUAUAAUGUGACAUACAUGUUUUUGUACGUAUUUUUCUAUAUGAACUGAGCUACUGCUGGAGUCUGAGAAUAUGGGCUGUAUAUUUCAAACUGUAAAGUAUAUUUCUGUGAGUUAAUCACAUUUAAAUGCAGUGAUGUGUGUGUGCAGUGUUCUCAUUGGAUGCAGCAGAGCGUUACCGUGCCAACAGGCUUUUUAUAAUGUAAAGUGUUUGCUGCUAUUGUCUGGCCACCUAACUCCAGCAGGGGAAACACCGUGCAACGAACAAUAGUUGUUAAUUAGAUUGAGUUUUUGUGAUUGGUUGACAUUAAAUUAAAUUCUUAAUCACAUUUGCACUAACAUUGGAAAUGUAAGCACAUUUUUGUAUGAAUCACGAAAAACAUUUUUUUGCUUGAGAUUAUGUUUGUACAUGUAGAUUUUCAAGUGACACGAUUCAUGAUUCCAGAAUGAUUAUUUUUGUACUUUGUACUGCUUUGUCCUCAGUAAUAGAUUGUGUUUUAUAUUUCUGUUACACAGCACUUUAUAAAUCGUUAAUUUGAUCAAUGUGAUUGACAUGUUGUGAUAACUAUUGAAAGUAAAUAUGCCUCUGAUCCACAAACAA